AUGUCAAAUUUUCGUGCUCCACAUAGUCCAACUUAUGAUUAUAUCUAUAUUCCAGGCGAUAUUAUACUUGGUGGCUUUUUUCCUAUUCAUCAACCACCAUCAAAUGAAUUGGGAUCUAUGCAAUGUACAGCUAUUAAACGUGAACGUGGUAUUCAACGCCUUGAAGCAAUGUUAUUUGCAUUAGAUGUAGUCAAUACACGAUCAUCUCGUUUAAUGUCAUCCGUACUUGCUCAUAGUAACAUACGUUUUGGUGCCCUUAUCUAUGAUUCUUGUGAUUAUGAAUCUUACGCUAUUGAACGUGCUUUCAAUAUGCUUUUACCAUCUAUUGAUCAAUGUAUGCCAGUAACAAAACGAACUGAAUCAUCAGUUAUAGCUGGUGUUGUUGGUAGUGCAUCGAGUAUAGUAUCAAUGGCAAUUGCAGAUAUUUUACGUCUAGCUGAGAUUCCACAAAUAUCUUAUGCAUCAACAAGCACAGAAUUGAGUGAAAAACCACGCUUUCAAUUUUUUUCUCGUGUUGUACCACCAGACACAUAUCAAGCUGAAGCUGUAGUAAGUAUCAUUCAGUUUCUCAAUUGGACUUAUGUUGCUGUUAUUAAAGAAACUGGUUCUUAUGGUGAACGUCUUACAGAUGAUUUUAAAACGAAACUAAAAAAUAAAACAAUUUGUAUUUCGGGAGAAUUAUCAGUUAAUAUAAAAGAUACAAAUACAUAUGCACGUGUUAUAAGAGAAUUAUAUGAAGAUGAAAAAUAUCGUUUUGUUGUUGGAGUUAUUAUUUUUGCUCAGGAAGAUUCUGUGAGACAGAUACUUAAUCAAACAGCAUCAAAAACUGAAUUAAAUGGUCGAUGGGUUUUUCUUGGUACUGAUGGUUGGGGUAAAAAAUGGUAUCCAGUUGAAGAUUUUGGUCGAGCAGCAAUUAAUGCAAUUACAAUUGCACCAAAAUUAUAUCCUAUUGCAGAUUUUGAUGAAUAUUUUACUAAGUUAAUUCCAUCAAAAAAUACUCGAAAUCCUUGGUUUAUUGAAUAUUGGGAAGAAACAUAUAAAUGUAAAUUUGACCAUUCACCAAAAACAAUAUUUAAUCAAAAUUACACACGUUUAUGUUCAGAAGUAAAAUUUAUUUGUUUUGCUUUCUUAGAUAAUUAUAGUGCAUAUACGAAUCUAUCUGUUCAUUAUUUUCAAGAAGGUUAUGUUCAUUAUGUAGUUGAUGCUGUAUUUACUCUUGUUAUUGCAAUACAAAAAUUAAUUGAUGAAAAAUGUUUCAAUUCAUCAAGACAUAAACCAUUAUGUAAAGAAUUCUAUCCAUUCGAUGGUAUAAGAUUAUUAUCAAUAUUACGAAAUACAACAUUUCGUAAUGAUUUAUCUAAACGAAGUAUUAAAUUUACACCAAAUGGUGAUGGUAUAGGAACGUAUGAUAUAUUUCAAUAUCAAUUUAUUGAUUUAAGUAAACAUACACUUAAUUAUCGUACAAUCGGAGAAUUUAGUGAUAAUGAUCAAGUUAAUGAAAGAGUUCGUAUUGAUCUCGAUACAUUAAAAUGGUUUAAAUAUCAUCAUCAACAUUCGAAAUGGUUGGAGGAAAGUUCGGUAACACCUCGAUCAUUUUGUAGUGAAUCAUGUCGUCCAGGUGAAAUACGUACAAAUACAGAUUCUCAACAAUGUUGUUGGACAUGUCGUGCGUGUGAAUUAUUUCAUAUAGCUGUUAAUGAAACAUUGUGUUUACCAUGUUCAGAAAGACAAAUUCCAAAUACAAAUUUUACUCAUUGUAUAACACUUCAAGCUGAAUAUUUAUCUAUAAAAAGUGUUAUAGCAUGGCCAGCAUUAAUACUUUCAUCAAUAGGUUUAUUAAUGACUAUUUAUACAAUUACGAUAUUUAUACGUUUUUCUCAUACACCAGUUAUAAAAGCAUCAUCACGUGAAUUAAGUUAUUUUCUAUUAUUUGGUAUAUGUUCAUGUCAUUUAUGUGCAUGGCCACUUGUUCUUAAACCACAUAUUUUAACAUGUUUUUUCAUACAAAUUGG